AUGAACUCGAAAUCGAUUGUCGGAAGUCCUCGCUCAAGCUUCACCAGCAAUGGCUACACUUCUAGAAGACCUGCCAUCUUAGGUCUUGCCAAAAUCCUAUUCCUAUCCAUCUGCCAAAUUACUUCCGUCUCUGCCGCUCCCAUUACCACCUUUCUCGGAAUCGCCAGCGAAGAGGAUGCACCAAAAGAUGUAGAAGAUGCGAGUUUAUGGUUAUAUCUCUCAGUGGCCGGUGUGUUGGUUUUACUCGGUGGUGCUUUCGCCGGUUUAACAAUUGCGUUGAUGGGACAAGAUGGUGUCUAUUUACAAGUUAUCGCGACUUCCGGUGAAGGAAAAGAACAGAGGCAUGCCCAAAAGGUCUAUGGAUUAUUACAAAAGGGUAAACAUUGGGUUCUUGUAACAUUACUACUCAGUAAUGUCAUCGUCAACGAAACACUCCCGAUUGUGCUCGACCGGUCUCUUGGUGGAGGAUGGCCUGCGGUUCUUGGUAGUACAGUUUUGAUUGUUAUCUUCGGAGAAGUUAUUCCUCAAUCGAUUUGUGUGCGAUAUGGUCUUUCCAUCGGAGCAUUUAUGGCACCACCUGUUUUAGGCCUUAUGUGGCUUUUAGCACCGGUUGCAUGGCCUACUGCUAAACUUCUUGACAAAUUACUUGGAGAGGAUCAUGGAACUGUUUACAAGAAAUCUGGUCUAAAAACUCUCGUCACUUUACACAAAACAUUAGGAACAAGUCCUAGCGACCGACUCAACCAAGAUGAAGUUACAAUUAUCAGUGCAGUCUUAGACUUGAAGGAAAAAGCAGUUGGAGAUAUCAUGACACCUAUAAGUGAUGUAUUCACUCUAAGUGCCGAUGCGAUACUUGAUGAAGAUACCAUGAACGUCAUUUUGAGUGCUGGUUAUUCUCGAAUUCCUAUCUACGAACCUGGAAAUGAGCAAAACUUUGUCGGGAUGCUUCUUGUCAAGAUUUUGAUCACAUACGAUCCAGAAGACUGUAAACGUGUCAGUGAUUUUGCUUUGGCUACCCUACCAGAGACUCGACCUGAAACCAGUUGCUUGGAUAUUGUAAACUUCUUUCAAGAAGGAAAAUCUCACAUGGUACUUGUUUCAGAAUAUCCUGGCGAGAACUUCGGUGCUACCGGUGUGGUUACACUUGAAGACGUUAUUGAAGAACUGAUUGGAGAGGAAAUCAUUGACGAGUCGGAUGUUUAUAUUGAUGUUCACAAAGCAAUUAGACGAAUGACCCCAGCACCCAAAUUAUCAAGAUUUAGGCCAAACCAAAUUGUUGAACCUUCCAAUGGAUCAAUCCACGGUACUGAUGACAGUCUCAUUGAUUUAUCAGAAGAACGAUCGAAUAAUGUACAACUUGGUAGGAGACGUAAUCAAACGGAGGUUAGAAGUUCAAGCCCUGCCAAUCAUUUCGGUACCAGUCCUAAAACAACUUUUAUGCGAAGGGUUUCAACAGGUGAUAAUGAUAGGAAUGUUGUUGCCGUCAGAGGAAAUAUGAAUGAUAUGCGCGAACACUUAAAACAUCUUGGUCCAUCCAACCUCGCUAGUCGACCAAAGAUGACAAAGUAUCAAUCGGUCAAAAUUAAGCCCGGAAGUAUCCUCGGUGGUAUCAGGACUGAUUCAAGAAGUGAUUCAGUUGCUCAACGUGGAUCUAUUGCUGAAGAACCUGAGUUUGAGCCAUACACAGAUACUCCAGGACCACAAGGUGGUGAAGGAGAAGGAUUACUUAGAUCGGCUGGACAAGAUGCGAAAGAUGGAGUCCAAGCUUUACAACAAGGUUAUGGCACGAAGAGUACGGCUAGAAGUGGAAGUAUCACGGAAAAUUUGGUAGAAGCAGGUGGUAUUCGAAAGAUGGUUUUGGAGACAAAUACCAGUGGAGAGGAAAAUAAUGGUGGAAGAGUAUUACAUUCAAGUAGUACUGGUAGUGGAAAUAAAAGUGCGAAUGGGGUAGAGAAUAAGUUUAUGCAGUUCUUAAGUAAUGCUGCAAGUACUGAUAGAUUGGCUGAUGCGGAACAUAAGAGUCAUUCGAGUCAAACGGAAAAUACAGGCGGAGAGAGUGGAUCAGGUGUUGGUAGUUCGAAACCUAAGAAAAAGAGUAAGAAGAAGAGUAAAAAGAAGAGUGGUGGAAAGUAA